AGAGCGCUGAGUGAAGCUGAGCUCCGCGCGAGCUGAGAUGAUGGCGAGCGCGUUCACAACAUCACAAUCUCUAAUGCAAAGCGUUUAACAGCGCAUCAUCAUAACAAUGGACGGUAAUGUCUUCCUCGACCAAGAACAGCUGUUGGGAUUCCUGACAAAGCUUAAAGAAGUGUUCGACGUGUGCGACGAGGAUGCAGACGGAUAUAUUCGGGUUGAGCACUUCGUGGACCUCGGUCUACAGUUCGGCCAAGGAGAUGAAGUUAAGAAGUUUGCCAAGUACCUGGAUCCCAAUGCUCAUGGCAGAAUUAACUUCAAAGAUUUCUGUCAUGGAGUGUUUGCAAUCAAAGGCUGUGAAGAGAUUCUGAAAACUGCACUUGGGACCCCCAACAUCGGAGCACAGCCGUACCAGACGGACAAUGGCUACUACUAUCAGCACGGGGAGGGGAGUCUGGGACCCCCGAUCAUCGUAUGCACACGGCCGUACCCAGAGUGCCAGCUGUAUUCGGAUGAGGAAGGAAUGGGUGGACGGGAUGCGCAGGAGUCAGACAUGGACAGCGGGGCAGGAUCUGAAUCUUCUGAAGGAGGACGUCAUGAGGAUAAAGAGGAAGGACUUGGUGGACUCUUUCUACGAAGAAACAACUGUGGUCAGAUGGUGUCGUCAGCAGAGGCCUCAGUAAUCUCAGUGGAGGAGCAGUUUGAGGACUAUGGAGAGGGAGAGGAUGUGGACUUCACUCCCAGCAGCCCCAUCCCCGAUGAUGACACACGUACUAAUGGUUUCUCUGACCUGGGCUCCUCUCUGCCCUCCAGUGCUGGCCAGACCCCUCAGAAGAUCAGACACCUGUACAACAGUGAGCUUCUGGAUGUUUACUGCUCUCAGUGCUGCAAGAAAGUCAACCUGCUCAAUGACCUGGAGGCCAGACUCAAAAACCUCAAAGCUAACAGCCCAAACAGGAAAAUUACCAGUACAGCAUUUGGUCGUCAGCUCUUCCACCACAGUAACUUCAGCAGCAGUCAGGGCAGCACAGAGGAUCUCUUCAGAGACAGCAUCGACUCCUGUGAUAUUGACAUCACUGAAAAGGUGAGUUAUUUGGAAAAGAAGAUAACAGAGCUUGAGAACGACAGCCUGGCUAACGGAGAUCUGAAAUCCAAACUUAAACAGGAAAACACACAACUAGUUCACAGGGUACAUGAGCUGGAGGAGCAGAUCAAAGAUCAGGAGACGCGUGCAGAGCAAUGUCUAGAGGAGGAGCUGAAGAGACACAGAGAGGCCUACAGUAAGAUGGAGAGAGACAAGAGCACUGAGAUUGAACUGCUCAGUAACAGGGUCCAGCAGCUAGAAGAGGAAAACGCAGAGAUGAAAGUGAAUGUGUGCAGACUCAAGUCUCAGACUGAAAAACUAGACCAGGAGAAGCAGCGUAUGACAGAUAAACUGGAAGACACAAGCCUGCGUUUGAAGGAUGAGAUGGAUCUGUACAGGAAAAUGAUGGAUAAGCUUUGGCAGAACAGACAUGAGUUUCAGAAGGAGCGAGAGGCCAUGCAAGAGCUGAUUGAGGACCUGCGGCGCGAACUGGAGCACCUGCAACUCUUUAAACUGGAGACUGAGAAGCCCGGCCGUGGCCGUAGCGCUGCUGGGCUGUCGGAGUACAAUGCCAAGACUCGAGAGAUUGAACUGGAGCACGAAGCAAAACGGCUCAAGCAGGAGAACUAUAAACUCCGAGACCAGAACGAUGAUCUCAACGGACAGAUUCUCAGCCUCAGCCUGUAUGAGGCCAAAAACCUGUUUGCUUGUCACACCAAGGCCCAGUCACUGGCAGCGGAGAUAGACAACGCCUCCAGAGAUGAGCUGGUUGAAGCUUUGAAAGAACAAGAGGAGAUCAACUACCGUUUAAGGCAGUACAUGGACAAGAUCAUCCUGGCUAUCCUCGACCACAACCCCUCCAUUUUAGAGAUCAAGCAGUAGGGAUCUGAGCUGAGAACAGGUAGAGGACUCAAACUUGGUAGAGAGCUCCCCCUUCAGGACAGGGGUUUGAAAUGCACCUUUGCCCCCUUACACCAAGUCAUCAUGUAUGACAGAGCAAAUUGCUUUCAAAAAAAAAAAUCGUGUCUCAUGUGCUCUGCCUCACACACACACACAAGUUACAGUUUCUGUUUCCAUGCUAUGAGUUUAGACCGUAAAAAUUACACAAACAAGUGAUGAAACUGGAAUAUAGAGUAGAAGUGUACUUUUCACUCUCAGUUAUAUACACACUACCUCUGAGUAUGUACAACUCAGUGUUGUAUUCUAAACAUGAACAAAACAAGUAGAAUUAUGAUAAAUAUCACAUGAUCACACCAUAUAGGAGAGCUAUACGUGCCCCCAUGGCAUGUGGGGUUUAUUAUUAUUAUUAUUAUUAUUUGAACAUUUUAAUCAGCCCUCUAGAUUAUCUCUAUAAAGUAUUGUUUGCCUAUGAAUUUUAACAAUCCAGUGCUGAAUCAAUGGACAGAGCAAUAGAAAGACAUGACUGUAUAAUAACAAUAAUCUGCAGAUAAGGGAACUUCCUUUGAAUGUUCUCUGCCUACAUACAUUAUGGUCUGCUGUGAAAAUAAUAAAAUCAUGUCAAUUCGAAGAUAAAAUUCACUGCUGUUAAUGGCUGAUGCUUUCAGCUCCUUAAAUAACCAUACAGCUUGUAACGGGACUGUGCUGAACAUCCUUUGACCGUCGUAGAGAAGCACAAUUGAACGGUGUGAGUACUGAUGACACAGUUGUACAAUAUAGUAUAUAUGUGUAGAAAGAAAAAUCUAUAGAAAAUGUGAAAAAGAAAGGUUUAUUUUUCUUAGAAGUCUGUUUGAAUGAAAUGAUGGUCUAUUGAAGUUUCAAGGAAGAGGUGGAUGUAGUACAAAAUGAGUGAGAAGGAAAUGAUUAUGAUAUACUAAAAUUGUUUCGUUUUACCAAGAAAACGAAAAAAACCCCCACAAAAUUACGGCCUUAAUACAGUGUAGUUAAAACAUUAAUAUCAUGGUAAAUGUCUCUAUUAGAACAAUGUAUGGUCUAAAUAUAAAAUAUAUGCAAACUCCAAUAUAUAUAUACUACCGUUCAAAAGUUUGGGAUCAGUAAUUUUUUUUUUAAUGGAACUAAAUCUAAAUCUAGAUGCAUUAAAUAAGACAUUUAUAAUGUUACAAAGGAUUUCUAUUUGUUAAAAAUGCUGUUCUUAGUACUGUUUUAUUGUAUUUUUGAUCAAAGAAAUGGUGAGUCGUUUUCUUUCAAAAGCAUAAAAAAAUCUUACUGACCCCAUUAUUUUAGCCCAUUUUGUCUUGAUCACAUGACAGUAAAGAAUCGAUAAUGUACAUGAGUGAAGCUGCACAUUUAAUAAAAGUACAUCUCAUGAAUGGAUCCCCAUGCCACUCACAGUAUUCUGUAUUCCCAUAUUCCCAUUUUACAGAUUAGCUAUAGUCAAAUGCUUUGUGAAUCACUGUAUUUUAAAGGAGCCAAUACUGCUACAUGCUCGAUUGUCACAAACAAGUUUUGCUUUGUUGCACAAAUUGUACUGAAUCUGUUUCUUUGCAUGGUUUUACUCUCUUUUUGUUUGUGCCCUUUAUUUGGAAUGUAACAUUUAAUGUUUCGGUUGUUUAAAUAAUUAUUAAUCUGAUCAGUUAUAGAGGAGCUUUUAUAUCUUUCUGUUCUACUUGUUCUGUAGCAUUUUUUCACUCAUUGUAAAUGUUGUACAGAGAAUAGUUAAUAUUUGUAUUGAUGUGCCACUCAUUAACCUUAAUGAAUAAAAGAAAGGCUGUCUUUUAUACAGUUUUAUGACAAAACGGCAAGGUAGACGUGCGACCAAGUAAUGUAUAAAUCCUUUGCAACUGUUGAAAUGAAGUGACAUCACACCUUACUGAUGUCACACAGACAAAACUCGUUCUUCAUUAUCAAGCUAAAGAAAGGAAAUUUGAUUUCUUCCGAAGAAACACCCAUAUUAAAACCCUAACGUUUCAUAUAAUUUCCGUUUAACACUUGAAUGACCAAACCCUGACCCAUUCCCAGCAACGAUGUCAUUUUUGCACAUUUUGAAGAGUCGUGCUGUGUCCGUGUCCACUGUUACAGGUUAGACGUAACACAGUUUGACAUUUUUCUGUGGGUCAUGGUUUACGCAACCUUUUUGGUGUUUGCGCCUUUUUUGUUGUUAUAGAAAAGAUAGACCUUUCUUUUGUCCAGUGUGUGGGUAUAUAACUAGAUUUACUAUUACUCAUAUAUAUUUACACAAGUAGGAAAGGACAAAUUAAAAAAGCUUUCAGACAAUUAAAUAAUAGUUUAAAGGCCUCAAGAGUUAUGACAAAUUUGAAAUGUACAAUAAAUGACUUGUUUUGGCAUGA